AUGUUUAAUCUAGAUGGAGCAUUAACAACCAAAUCACAUAAACAAAAGAAUAUACAACGACAGACCAUUACAAACAUACGAAUACUACGAAACAACACUGCCAUCAAACUAGAUGCUCAAAUCAAAGCUGACCAUCAAUCAGAUAAACUACAAUUAAAAAAUAGACUAUUACCAAUUUCAUUAUCAUUUCAUCAAAUCUUUCUAAACAACAAUGAUAAUAAUAAUGACUUUGAAUUGGACUUGAAUCAUAUCUUAUCAUCUGAAAGAUUUAUCAAUUCAAUUAUCAAUCCUCUAAAACAACUACUUAUUCUUAUUAAUAACAGUGGUAGAAUACAAGACUUUAAAAGAGAAAGAAUAAUUACUAAAUUCCUAUUUAAAAAUACAACUUAUUAUAAAGAUCAUAAAGAUUCUCUAAUUGAAUCAAAUAGGGUAAAUGAAUCAAUUAUUCAAACAAUACUAAAUACUUUAUAUCAUUGUUUUACAUCUCAAAGAAUAUCAUCGACAACUGAGAAAUCAAUCUCUCCUCUACUCAUCGCUACACUUAAAUAUUCAAAAUAUAUUAUUGAUAAAAAUACAAGGUUUUCAAUUAUAUUUAAUUAUUUGGAAUAUUUAGUAAUGAAUUAUCAACAAAUAGCUAAAACAGUUGAUUCAAGAGACCAAUAUAUCAACUCUUUAGUUUUAUUUUAUAAUUUAAUCUUUAAUGGUGAUUGGGUUGGAAAAGAAGAAGGAAAGGAAGAGACAACAGAUCCAUUACAAUAUCUAUCACAUCAAUUAAUUUCAAAUAUCAAACAAUUACAAACUAUUAUAUCAAAUGAAAAAUUCCUUAAUCCUAUAAUAGGAUUAUUAAAUUUUAAAUUAUAUUCUUUUAUUAACAACUAUAACAACAAUAUUGACCAACAACCUAAAAAGAGUAAAGAUUCUUCUUCUUCUUCUUCUUCUUUGUCAUUGGAAACAAUAUUAAAUGGAAAUGAAUGUUAUCAAUGGAUUAAACAACAACAACAACAAAAUAAUAGAAAAGAAAAAGAUAUUCUAAUUAGAAUAUCAGAAAUGGAAUCAUUCAACUUUAUUGAAAUUAUUAAACAAUAUUCAGAAAUCAAGCCAUCAUUGUUUAUUUCAACUUUAAAAAAGGAUGGGGAUAGUUACUUUUUAUUCUUGGUUAAAUCAUUACGACAUCAACAACCAUUGACAUCAACCAACACAAUUGAUCAAUCAGCUUUAUUAUCAUUGAUUUAUGUUCCAUAUCAUCUUUACGCUGUCACUAAUCAAACCAAAAACUCUAUUAACCAAUAUUAUCAAUUCAUUCAAAUAUGGUACAAAGUAUUAGAUGAAAAUAAUAUAUUAAAUUUAGAAAAUGAUAUAUUUAAAUUAAAAGGAAUACCAGAAUCAUUUUUCAUAACAUUUAUUUAUUUAUGUUUUGUAAAUAAUCAACAAAAAGAAAAAGAAGAAGAACAAAAUGUGAUGAUGAUGAAAAUAGUAAACCGAUUUUCAGAGUUGAAUUUAGGAUUAUUUAAAAAACAUUUAAAUCAAACUUCAAAAAGAUCAUUUAUGACAAGACUAUAUAAUAUUAUCAACCAACUAGAUAUAUCUUCAAUCAUCUUUUCAAUACUUUUAAAAUCAUAUGAAUCAUCUCUUCAACAAGGAUCAAUUCAAUCAAUGAUAUCAAAAUGUUUAAAUCGUCUUACUGUUGGUGGUGGUAGUGACAGUUUAACCGAUCAAGAUGAAGAAUUACAAUCAAAUCUAAUUCAAGAUUUACAAUUGAUUACAUUUAUUGAUUGUAACAAAGUAUUAGAGAGACUUUUAAAAAGUGCGCUAACCAAUAAGAAUCAACAACAAUUUAUGGCCAAUAUUAUAGUUAAUCAUCUUGGAUCAUUUAUACCUGGUGACAUGAUGGAUAUUAUUGUCAAAAAUCUAUUCAAUGUUUUAAACUCUUUAAAAGAUACUGUCGAGCCACAAACCAUCACCAAUCUAAUUCAAUUUAUUGAAUCUCUUUUAGAACAAGUAUCACAAAACUCACAAUUUAUGAGAGAUCGAUUACUCGUAUCACUUCAAUUGAAUUUAAUUAUCCCAUCUUUGUCUAUAAUCUCUACCAUUCUUCAAAAGAUUAUAUUGGAUAUUGAAUAUUUAUUAUUAUCAAAAUAUAUUAUAAAUUUAAAUGAUAGUGAUAUGACAUUAGAAUUGGUAUUAAAGAAAUUGGUAGAUGUAUUUAAUUCAAUAUUAUAUUAUAUGGAACCAAAUCAAUUGGAAAUAUUCUAUAAUAUUUGUAAAUUGAUUGGUACUCUAUUGACAAGAGGAAAUCAAAUCGAUGACAAUAGAACCAAAGAAUUAAUUGGAUCAUUUGAAACAAAGGUUAAUUGGAAACUAUUUAUUAGAUUAAAACAUUAUUUUAAUCAACCUAUUGAAUUUAAGAAAAAGAACCAACAACAACAAAGUUUAACAACUAUAUCAUCAUCAUCGCAGUUGUUACCAUCCAUUUCAACAUUAUUAAAACAACCAGUAGUAGGAGGAGAUGAAAUGGAAUUCCCUUUGGAUUUAAUCAUCACCUUUAAUUUCAUAGAUUUAUGUUUUAUUUUACCAAAUCAUAUUGAAAUGCUCAUACAAGAAUUAAUAGAAAAUAUUGAUAUUGGAACAAUUAAAUUUGGAUUUGAAAGAGUAUUAUUAUUUUGUUUGGCCAUUUCAUUACCAUAUAAUCCACCAUCCCAUUAUACUAUAUUGGUUGAUCAUUUAUUGCCACAUUUGAUAAAGAAUAAUAUAGUAUCGUCGAGUGAUACAUCAACAUUAUUAUUUAGAAUCAUUAUAUCGAGUCAUCAAAUAUUCAAUCAAUACCAACACAACAAUGACAAUGACACAAUUGACAGUACUGAACAGCAGACAUUAUUUUCAUUUUACAAGAAUAUUUCAAAUCAACUUAGACGAAUGAUUACAAGUACAACAAAUGAUAAUGACAGUUAUUUACAUCAUUUAAAAAUGUGUAUUCGUGUUGUUGAUCAACUCCAAGACCAACAAGAUUACAGUGAACUAUUUUAUAUGUUUGGAUUAUCGAUUUUAGAAAAAAUACAACCUCCUCUUUCAAAACAUCAUCAAUCUAUUACAAACAAAUGUAUAGAAACUUUACAACUCAUUAAAAACUCUAGUGACACCAACAAUCCAAAUAAUACAAAACAAAUGGUAUUACUUAAUAAAUUAAAUGGAUUAUUGUUGGAAUAA